AUGGUGAAAAUUCUAAUCUCAAUCACAUUAAUUUUAAUCAUCCUCAAUGAUUCAUCAUUAUCAACUAAUAUCGAUUGCAAUUAUGGCAUUGCAAGUUUUACAAAUAUAUUAAACACAUACUAUUGUAAGACUAGCAUCGACCCUAACAUCAUAACCAUAGAUUCUGCACAGAUAACUUCAAUCAGUGGAACUCAUUUAAAUUCGAAAAUCAGCGACGAUGUGGAAGUUUUUUGGGCAUCUUCAAUUGCAGUUAAAUAUUUCCCAAGAGAUUUAAAAAGAAAUUUCAAAAAUCUUAAAGGAAUUAUCAUUUACUCCUGUCAAUUAGAAGAGAUUCAUCAAGAAGAUUUAAAGCCUUUCAAUAAUUUGGUCUCUCUUCGUUUGCAAUCGAAUUUAAUUGAGAUAAUUGAAGAAGGUUUAUUUGACUAUAAUUCGCAAUUAGAGUUGGUUGAAUUCAAUGAACCUAAGUUAAUCCAUAUUCAUGCUAAUGUCUUUGAUCAUUUGAGUCAGUUGAAGUACUUCUGGUUUCAGCGUGUACCUUGUAUAGCUAAGGAAGUUGAUAAUUCAAGGAACGAUGUCGUUGUGGCAAUAAAAGUCGUUAAAAAUAAAUGCAAAAGCUCAGAAUUUUCAGAUUUAGAGGAAAAGAUUAAAAAUCUUGAAAUCGAGUCAAAAUCGUCAAAUUUUGCAGAAUUUAAAAUUAAUUUCGAUGAUUUUGAGACAAUACUUAAAAAUUCUAAAUUUUCAAAAUUUCGUCCAUUGCGUGAGAGGUUUCAAGCAUUAAAAGUUUUAAGUAAUCCUGGUGAGUUAUUAACUGAUUUAAGCUUUAAGAACAUAACCACCAAGUUAGAAGACCUUAAGUCCUCAAAAUGUUUGGAUCCUGAUUUAUUUUCUAUCAUCAAAAACCUACAAAACUCAAUCGAUGAACUCAAAUCCUCACAAGAUGGCGACCAAGUUGACAUAAAGUCAUCUAUUGCUGACCAAGCCACAAAACUUGACAACAUCAAAACAUCCCAAAUUAAGCUUAAAGACGAUCUGACUACAGAUAUAGGUGAAGUUAUGUCUUGGCAAAACAGUACUUUUGACCAAAUUACCUCAAAAUUCAAUAAGAUUCAAGCUAGUACUAAAGUCAUAGAAUCAUCCCUGACCGACUCUUUCAGCAAUCUAACAUCAAAGUUCAAUGACCACAAAUCUAAAGCAACAUUCUUCCAAGAUGAACUUAAAGGAAGCAUGAGUGACAUAGAGGCAUCAAUCAGUAACGUCAAAGCAUCCCAAAAUGAAGUUAAGUCAACACUUAUUAAGCUUAAAACCUCUCAAAAUGAGAUUAAGAUUGCUUUGGAUGAUUUGAAGGUUGCUAGUUCUGAGGAUAAAAUAAAUGGCUUCGCUGAGAAACUGAAGAGCUUUGAACUAAAAUUGGAAAACAUUGAAGAACAUUUUACAAGCUUUGAGGUAAAAAGUGCUGAGAAAAUGAACAAGGAACUGGCUGGUACUCGUCAUAAAAUUGCCAUCAACUUGGAUGAAAAACUCAAGGGAGUUGAAAAACGCUUAUUGAGCAAGUUUGAGGAGGUUUUAGAGGAAAAGCUGGAGAAGAUCUUCAAGGACAAGCUGGGAAAAAUGUUGAAUGAUGGAUCUGGAUCAGUUUAA